GAAUCAGCCGCACAUCCAGCAACCCGACGCUAAUAAGAUAUUCUUUACUGUUGUUAUAAUUUUAUCGUUUUUGUAAACAUAAAGGUAAUAUUUUGUCUAACUCGAUUUUGAGAGUUCCACUGUUGUAUUGCUUUUUCCUUGUGAAUGUGUCAUUGUUUACUUGAACUAAAGUUGGAGAUGCAGUGAUAUCUACAGCCUAAGAUUAAUAAUUCACGAGUUUAUCAUCAGCAAAACAGGCACUCUCAUCCACUUCUCAGGAUGUCUUCAUCAUCAGACAUGCUUUGGAGGUAACCACAACACACUCCUCAUAGUUUCACCCUUGAGUGGACAUGGUCCAUUGGGCCACUCAUCUGGUGACAUGUGUCUGGAUACAGGCUUUAAUGUCCUCUGCGUUAGACAUGUGUCCCCCAACAACCCCCACUGCUGUGGACUUUUCGGUACCGUACCCCAUGCCCUACUUCCAGACCCGAAAACCCAUCCAGAACAUAGUGACCAAUUCCAUCUUCCAAGAGGUGUACGUGGCCUCUCAGAACAUCAUUGAGGCGGUAAACGGCACUCUGGGUAAGCUGUGGGCUCUCCGUACGGGGCCUGUGGGAAGCCCAGAGUGCCAGAUAUGCAAUUUAUGUGAUAUUGAAAGAGAUCCCUUACACGAGAACACAGACAGUGAGGUGUUGUUACUCGACACGUUUCUUAUGUACUUGUACUCAUGUGGAAGUUCUCAGUAUGGCGUUUGCUACUUCCACCAACUCCAUGAGAAUGGACAGCUUCCAGGGCCCUCCAAGUGUUUAUUCAGGAGGGAGUUUAACUCCCCGGAUUUAUGCCCGGAUUGUAUCGCAAGUCCUCUGGGCACAAAGGUCUCCAUGGUGGAAGAAGGCCAAACGGUGUACUUCUUCGUCGCGGCGACGGUGAACGACAGCGUGACGCAGAGAUACGGUCGCAUGUCCAUUUCUGUACGUCGCCCGUUGGCGACCGAGGACGGUUUCUACACCGAUGUCAGAGGGUUGACGGUGUUGCCCAGUCUAAGGCAGACGUACAACAUUGCCUACGUCUACAGCUUCUACACGCAAGACUUUGUCUACUUUCUCUCCGUACAACGGGAAAAAACGGACCUGGACUCUUCGCCCUACCAAACGAGACUGGGCCGCCUGCCACGGCACGAAUGGGAGAUGCGGCGAUACCGGGAGAUCGUUUUAGAGUGUCGCUUUGAACCCAAACGCAGGAGGAGAAGCAACGGCAGCGAGCCUUUUAAAGACGUGGUCUACAACGUGGUCCAAGCUGCCCACUUCGGUAAGGCCGGGCGAGAGCUGGCUGAUGAGUUGGGUGCUGAGGAAGAGGAUGAUAUUCUGUAUGGUGUGUUUGCUGUGACCGAUGACUCUGGAGUUCCAGAACACGACUCUGCGCUUUGUGCGUUUCCGAUGGAUACGGUGAACACGGCAAUAGAUGAUGGAGUGGAGGAUUGCUGUAAGUCUGGGCCGGAGCAGCUUUCCAGAGGUCUCUGCCACUUUCAGCCGUGUGAAAGCUGUCCUCACGAGAGUAUGGAGCACAAUAUGACCUGCAGGGAUCAGCCCACCCUUGUUUCUCAACCGUACUACAGAGUCGAUCUCUUCAACAGAGAGAUGAGAGAUGUUCUGCUCACCUCACUGCUGGUCACCAGCAUCGAGAACAAGACUGUGGCUCAUAUUGGCACAUCAGAUGGGAGAUUACUGCAGCUUGUCUUGAGAAGGUCCAGCCCCGUCAUCUUUGCCAAUUACACUCUUGUGGAGAACCAGAAGGUGUCAUCCACCGCAGCGGUUCUCUCACCAGAACAUCUGCUGUUUGUAGUUGGAGAUAAGAUGAUUCAGGUCCCUCAGAGAGGACCGGGCUGUCGUCACUUCCUCACGUGUGCCAUGUGUUUGACCGCGCCAAAGUUCAUGGGGUGUGGCUGGUGUGCCGGUCAGUGUACUUGGGUGUCUGAGUGCAAGACACACUGGGGAAAUGAGUCAUGUCCACCUGUCAUCACAGAGUUUUUCCCGAAGACAGCGCCCCCUGAUGGUCAGAGUGAGCUGACUUUGUGCGGGUGGGAGUUUCAGUCACCCAUGAGACCCGUCAUCACAACCAGAACCCAUGAAGUAAAGCUGGGCGAGACGGCAUGUGUGGUCCAGCCUCACAAGAGCAACAGCACCCAUUUAGUUUGUAAGAUCCGUUCUGGGGCGUCAGAGCUGCUUUUUAAACCCCUGAACGUCACAGCGAGAGUGCAUGAAGGUCGAGUGGAAGGGCGGUACUCUAUUGAAGGAAGCGCAGAGAUGCCUGGAUUCACCUUUGUGGUUCCAAACAUCACUGAGGUUCAGCCUGACUACGGGCCUGUGAAUGGAGGAACCCUCAUCACCAUCACAGGACCUUACCUGGCAUCUGGAAAGAACAGGAAAGUUACUCUCGAUGGGGAAACAUGUCCAAUCCAAAGUGUAUCUAUGAUCAGAGGAAAUCUGUCCUCCAUCGUAUGCCUUUCUCGACCUGCAUGGGAGGUAAAAGAUGUGGUGCUCCGCAUCUACAUCGAUAAGUCUCGUGUCAUGACCACUAAAGUCUUCCGAUACAAGAAGACGCCUGAGAUUCUCUCGGUUCUGCCUGACUGCAGCUUUGACAGUGGGUCCAGAAUCAUCAUUGAAGGCCGAAAUCUGGACUCGGUCUACAGAACUGUCAUUCAUUUUAAACCCAAAGAAUCUCACCUCAAACCUGUUUCAACUGAGUGCAGAGGUAGAGCCAAGCCCACUCGUAUGGAAUGUAUCACUCCCGUUUUCCAUCGUGAUGAGACCGAAGAGGGGGAGCUGUUAUUUGACAUGGACGGGGUGCUCGGUCUGUGGAAACAAGACUUCUCCUACCACCCGUACGGCCGGCCAAUCCCGUUUGAGACGGAGGGUCAUAUUCUGAAACUGUACCCUGGCUUUGAUGAAGUGUCCUUACAUCAUCAGAAACUGAACCUCGUGAGUUCCUGCAUGUCCAUCACGAUGACGGUUGGAGAUGUUGACUGUGGUGCUAAAGUUCUGGACAAUGAGAUCACCUGCAGGAUCCCUAAUAACCUCACCAUCCCCAGUGAGGGCUUACCUGUGAAGGUGACAGUUAAUGGAUUCACCCACAAUGUUGGCACUGUGAUUUUGGUCAGUAAUCACUAUAUGGUUGGUAUUGUGCUUGGCAUACUGGCAGCUCUGGUGACUGGUGCAGUGCUGGCUUUUAUUGUCCUGAAACAUCUGAGGAAGCAGAAGAAAGCUCCCCUGGCAGAGAAUCGUCUGUCUUAUUUUGCGCACAGUCGCUCUCGUGAUAAUAGCAUGGAUUUGUGUCCUUUGGGAGACUACAGACGCGAACUUCCUCUAAUCACUGCGCUCAGCGGGGCCGUGGCGUUUCCCGGCCUGGCUUACACAGGCACUCUGGACACGACCUUGACCCCUCUCAUGCCCCCGGAGAAGAUCUCCAUCACCAGCUUCCGUCCCGAGCUCCUGGAGGAGGUGAAGGAUGUGCUGAUCCCAGCCUCCAUGCUUAAGGUCCAUCACCACCAGAUCAUUGGAAAGGGCCACUUUGGCACAGUUUAUCAUGGUUACUUCACUGACCACAACAACAGAGAAAUCCACUGUGCCGUCAAGUCUCUUAACAGAAUAACAGAUGUUGAGGAGGUCGAGCAGUUUUUGAAAGAGGGGAUUCUGAUGAAGGGUUUUCAUCACAGUAAUGUUCUCUCUCUGUUGGGUAUCCUGCUUCCUGAGGAGGGUCUCCCCCUGGUGGUCUUACCGUACAUGAAACAUGGAGACCUGCGUCAUUUUAUUCGCUGUGAGAAGAGGAAUCCUACAGUAAAGGAUUUAAUAGGCUUCGGACUCCAGGUUGCUAAAGGAAUGGAGUACCUGGCACAAAAGAAGUUUGUACACAGAGAUCUGGCAGCACGCAACUGCAUGCUUGAUGAAUCGUACACCGUGAAAGUGGCAGAUUUCGGUAUGGCACGAGAUGUGCUCGAGAAGGAGUACUAUAGCGUCCAGGAUCACAGGAAAGCUAAAUUACCCGUUAAAUGGAUGGCCAUUGAGAGCCUGCAAACGCAGAAGUUCACCACCAAGUCAGAUGUGUGGUCUUUUGGGGUUCUGAUGUGGGAGAUGCUCACAAGAGGGGCCAGCCCUUAUCCUGAAGUUGACCCUUAUGAUGUCACGCAUUAUCUCUUAAAGGGACGACGGCUGCCUCAGCCACAAUAUUGUCCAGAUCCAUUGUACACCAUUAUGUUACAGUGUUGGGACCCAGACCCUGAUAAGAGACCAACCUUCUCCACACUAGUGUCAGCUGUGAUGAGUAUUCUGUCAAGCCUGGAGGGUGAACACUAUAUAAGUCUGAAGGUAACUUAUGUUAACCUGGACCAGCCACGCCCCUACCCCGCCCUAACAGACUCUGCUGAUGAAUAUGAUUCGUCAGACGCCGAUGAUGCGGGCUCAGUCUCUAUCUGAUUGGCAACAUUAUUUUAUCUGAUCUCUUUCUUCACUACUUGACUUGGUUAAAAAUGCCCAAAACGGCAUUUCUAAGGUGGUAACUGGACAUUAAUUGCAUACAAUCUAAUGACAUCAUGUGACAAUAAUGCUGCGUAUAGGGCUGUCACGAUAUCAGAUUUUUACUUCACAGUUAUCAUGGCUAAAGAAUUGUGGCUCUUUAGACAAAACUUUAAACAGGUGCUGGAUUAUUUAUGAUAUUAUCACAUGUGUAGAAGUUUUAAUAUCACGGUUAUUGUCAAUACCGGUAUAUUGUGACCGCCCUAUUUCCUGCUAUUGUUUAAAAUGCAUAAUACAUUUUCCACAUACUAUAUUUGAAUUUGAGUUUGGUUCCAAAAUGAGAUAACUUUGUCAAAAAUCAUGUUUUUUUAUUGUGCAUUCCAAUUAAUGUCAAUCAAACUGCAGUUGGUUUGUUUUGAUUUAAGCCAUAAUAACUAAAAAAAAUACAGCUAACUAAAACAAUAAAAACACAAUAACAUAAUAAAAAACACGAUUUUUGAAGAAAAAAACGGAGAUAUCUCAUUUUGGAACCAAACUCUUCAUUUAUAGCAGGUAGUAUACAGUAUAGUACUCCACACUAUGUACUUGCUGUGCGCUUAUUCAUUCUGGACACUAUCAGAGUAUAUAGAUAAACAAAGAUGUUGUUCAAAAGACAUUAGAUAAAUGUUAUUAAACUGGCCAAACACAGCUGGUGAAACCAGCAUAGCUGAGCUCUUAGUCACUGUCUGGUGUUGUACUUGUAGUAUUUUCUACCGCUUUUAGUGAAGAAGUUUUGUCUCUGUAAAGUAGAAAAUAAGAGACGUAUGCAUCACUGAAAUGAAGGUAACAGUAUUUAUGCAUUUAUUUAAAGCACUGUCUGUUUUAGGAUAUACUUGAGUAGUAGAGGAUUUAUAUAUAAUUUAUGAAACAAUUACUUUUUUAUUACAAUUUUCUGUAAUUAUAUAAAUCUUGUUCUGCACCACUGCUUUGUGAAGGUAUAUCGUAAUCAUUGACCCUUUACUUGGUAUAUGGUUUGUGAUUAGAUGAGUUGUUUGUACAGACAAAGAAAUGUUAAAGAUUGAAUUCACAAUGUCAAAGAUGAGUAAGCUUUUAAAAGGUGUUGAACUGAAUGUAUCAUUGACAGGUUAAUGUGAUUCAAUAAUGGGAACUGUAGAAAUGAAUUUGACUGACUGUUUUGUGACGCACAUUACUGAAUAACAUCGUAUUUCAGGUUGAUGUUAUUAUUUUGGUGUGUGUUUACAUCAUCUGUGGUAAUAUUUCAUUUUCAUGUUUCAUUUUUUAUGAAAGAAACAAAGAACUUAUUGAAUGCAGUGGCUUCUUGGUACAAAAUGACAUGCAUAUGACUGACAGAAAUGACAAACAUAUGAAUCUAUAUUUGUUUCAAAUCAACUAAAUCAAAUAUACUUUUGUUCGGAGUUUUGUUUAUUUGUGUAUUUCAUUAAACCAUUCUCUCCACCUAC